AUGAUGCAGUCAAAGAAGUCCGGAUCUUACACGAUACCGCUCGCCGAGCGGGUGGACGAGGCCGAGGAGGACCUCGAGUCCCUCGAAUCGAAUCCCAGAUUCUGGGAACACAGGGACGGAAAGAAAAAGAUUUGGAUGUACGCUACAGCAGCAGCCAUCCUCAUCGUGACCAACUUCAUCUCAGCGCGUAUCGGUGCACAUUUCGCCCCAGGGAAGGCGAAUCUCGAUGGCGCUUGUGCCGAGCAUACUACACAAUGGUCGCCUCUUCUGAAGGACGUGGACGUCAAGUAUGAAUGGAAAGAAUUUAAUGGGUCGUUUCUGCAGGAGGAUGUCUACCGGAAAGAAGGCUCACCGGAGGUUGACGCCGCGUGGGAAGCUUUGGGAGUGGACUGGACCGGGACACUGACAAAAGUAGACCGUGCCGGUGUGAUUUCGAUCGAGGACGGUCUAAAGAGCGGCAUGGACAUGUCGUUCGUUCAGAGAUCCGAGAAGUAUGGCGCAGGUUUCUUUGUCAACGUGGAAGGAAUGCAUCACCUCCAUUGUCUCAACUUGGUACGAAAAGCGCUUUACUACAAUUAUGACUACUACAAGGGGAUGGGAACCCAUGCAUUUGCGAACGACGACAACAUUGUCAAGCUACAUGUCUCACAUUGUCUUGAUGCCGUCCGCCAGGUUCUCAUGUGCAACUUCGACACCGGCGUCCUCGGCCAGGUCUGGGCGAACAACCCGCCUGCCCCCUUCCCCGACUUUCACACGAAGCACAAGUGCAAAAACUACGAGGCUAUCAGAGAAUGGUCUGAGAAGCUUCAGGCACCUCCGGUGGAUGAACUCCCAGGGGACUACACUACUCCCCCAAAGCCAAGCGACAUUAUUCCUCAAACCCCGUAA